UUUUUAGCACAAACUCCACACUCGCUCUGCUUAUUGUCCUCCUCACCAUCUCCUCCCUCCUCCCAGGUGUUAAUCACAGAGCAUGGAGACCUGGGGAACGGCCGGGUCCUGGACCCCAAGAGCAAGAUGUCCUUCAAGUUCGACCACCUGAGGAAGGAGGCGAGCGACCCGCGGCCCCAGGACGUGGACGGGUCCCUGGAGGGCUGGAGGGGCGCCGUGGACUCAGCCGUCAGGGGCUACGUCAAGGAGCACUACCCCAACGGAGUCUGCACCAUUUACGGGAAAACCAUCGACGGACAUCAAACCAUCAUCGUGUGCAUCGAGUGCCAUCAGUUUCAACCAAAAAACUUCUGGAAUGGACGCUGGAGGUCAGAAUGGAAGUUCACCGUCUCCCCCUCCUCCACCCAAGUGGCAGGCAUCAUGAAAAUCCAGGUUCAUUACUAUGAAGACGGCAACGUGCAGCUGGUGAGCCACAAGGAGGUCCAGGAGUCCAUGUCCAUUUCUAAUGAGGCGUCAACUGCGAAGGAGUUUGUGAAGAUCAUGGAGGCUGCAGAGAACGAUUACCAGGUAUGAAACGAUGGAAACUCUUACUUGAUACUUGCAUA